CUUAGAUGAACAAAAGUGCAUGAUCCAUCAAAGAGCCUUCGAAGGUAUCGCUCAUGAUGGGGUCGAAGCGCGAUCACGAUGCCGUCGCUGCUGACGAUAGCGAGCCAUCGCAGUCGUCGAGCAAGAGGCGACGCGAGCAGCAGAGCUUGAGGCCGAAACAAGUAGAAGGCAAACCCGAUCCUACUUACGGUCAGCGUGCAGCAUUCCCGGGGCUCGACGACGAUGAUUCUGCGCAAAUAUCCGAUGACGACUUGGAAUUCGAGGAGAACAGCGACGCAUUAGCCUAUUUGAGAGCUGUCCGACAAGAAGCCAGCGGCGUUCCCCACGUCCUAGUGGCCCCCAAAGUCGGGCCACAGCUUCCUCCCCACCUCCAAGGCGACGACGAGGUCGACCGCAGCAUCUACGCCAACGGCGUCGGCGACUCGCGAGGCUACUACCACGACGGCGCCUACACAGCGGCCCCGGAUCCCGACCCUUCCGUUGACUCCUCGGACGAAGAAGGCGAGGUCCUCUCCGCCACCGAAGCCGACCGCGUCGCCGCCCGGAAAGCUGCCCUCCGCAAGGCCUACUUUGCCUCCCUCACGCGCCAGUUCCUCGCCCUCCGCGCGCUCCUGCACCGGACCCCGCCGCCCGCCCUCGUCGCCGCCCUCCCGCGCGACCACGGCACCGAGGUUGGCUCCUUCGGCGCCAACUCGUGGACCUUCCGCGUCUGGACCAGGCGCAUCCGGCACACGGACCCCCUGCCGGUGCAGAUCGCCGCGCUGAACCGGCAGAGCGUGCUGAAGCUGCUGCGCGUCAUCCUGGGCGGCAAGUUCAUCCGGCGCGGGUACGAGCUGCGCGAGCGGACCAGCAGGUGGAUCUGGGCGCUGCUGGCGCGGCUGCCCGACCGCGGCGAGCUGGACUAUGCCGAGGUCGGGUGGGUGCGCGAGCUGGGCAAGAGGGCCGUGCUGAUGAUGAUGAGCAUCGCACAGAUGGAGGCGCUGAAGGAGGAGGUGGACGGGGACCUAGAAGGGACCAUUGAGGGGGAUGAGGACGAUGAUGACGAUGGCGACAAGGACGACGACAACGGCGGGGAGGGAUUCAUCGGGGAUAUGGUGGUUGAUGAGGAUGGCGAGAGCGGUCUCGCCGGUCCUCUGCCGACCGAGUCCAAGGCACGCGCCAACGUCGCGACUAAUAAGGUCGAAGAAAACAAAGAUGGAGAGGUGGAAAUGAACAUAGACGACGGGGAAGUCACCGAUGACGACCAGCCAACAACUGCUGGCAACGAGGACCUUGAGGCCGACAUCGCUGCAGCCAAGGCCCGACUGUUGGCGCGCCUUGAGGAGGGGAGUCCUGAAGUACAACAGGACGAAGAGCUGCCAACCCCUGCAGAUGCAGACGCAGGUCAGCACCAACGGGGCGGGGACGGUGAGAAUAAGGCCGCCGUAUCUGAAGGGACCGAUCCGCAAGUUAACCUGCGGGCGACCCUGAACAUGAUACUCACGGUGGCUGGUGAGUUUUACGGGCAGAGGGACCUGCUCGAGUUCCGGGACCCAUUCCCUGCAGUGUAAGUCAGGAACCACAUUUGUAACUCUUUGUCUUUACAUCAAUAUCGCAUGUCAGCUGCGGACCACGACCGCAUGUACGACCUUUUUUUCUCAAAGGUGAUUUAUCGUUCAUCUAACGUUCAAUUCACUUGCCCACGC